AUGAACAAACAGCUGAGCUGCUGGGAACGAUGUAAGGACAAAGGAGAAGCGCAAGAUGUGCGUGACGCGCAUCAGUCAUCGGUCAACCUUAACGGCGCGGCAAACCAAUCUGGCCCGGGGCCUGAGCAAGCGCAUCCUGCGUCCAUGGAGCGAUUUGCGACGGCACAGGAAUACUCUUUGAACUUCCAGCAGGAGCAGGCGUCGCCAGCAGUGCACCACGUGAACAAGCCCCCAACGGCACCCCCAGGGCCAGCGACAGGCUACAACGCCGAUGCUGCUGUCACUGUGCAGAUCACAAACAUGCCGGGUGCACGGCUUUAUCCGCCGAUUCCCGAUCAGCAAGGGCAUAUCCCACGGGCAGUGCCGCGGGAGGAAGUAGGGGGUCUCUUCUCCUCACCAAUGCGACCCGGGUCGCCGCCAGAAGCCCAGGACUCCGGCUUCGCUGAGGAUGCAGCCUUCGCAGCCGGGCGUGGCCCAUCAUCCCGACAUCAAUCCCCCAACGGAAAGGCUUUCUUUGCAAAACGCCACCAACAACACGGAAGCCUAAGCGGCGUGGUGCAAGGCAAAGUCGUGCACAUGCGGAGGACAGAAGCCUGGACCAAAUUUAUUGCGUAUGAGGGCUGCCUCCAGGUUUGCAUUGCGGAGCUUGACGGAGGAAAUAAUGCGGACGCACGAUAUUUUGUGGCGGGGGGCUUUACGACUUUACGGAAGGGCCUCGGGAUUGACGGGUUGCUCCUAAGCCAGAUGGCGACAUCACCCGCUGCUGGGAGCGGCAUUGAGGGCUGCAUCAACGACAUUUGCUGGGACGAUUUGGAACCCCCGGAGAAGCGGCUCAACACCAUCACGUACGCCAAAGCUACAGCGACAUGCUACAUGCGCGUACGGUGCCAACGGCUUAGCUUGCCGGCCGCGACGGUGCUACAGAAGCUCUGUUGUCGGACUCGUACGCAAAUGUCAUUGCAAAGCUUCGCAGGAAUUCAUGUGCAUUUGGCCCCCAGCGACGAUAGCUGUGACACUGUUGGCUACGCGCUGGACAGCCACGGGACGGCAGUGGAUCGGAAUGAGGCCUUGGUCCUUCCCAUGGACAGUUCACAGAACGGAGCACAGCCCGUGGUGCAGCCGCCGCAACGAGUGGACAUCCUGGUGGAGGGGCCAAGUGGGGCCGUAGCCUCAGGCAGUGUGUCUUAUCGUGAGCUCCUACGGAUGGCCGCCCUGCAGCGGGAUCCGGUUGACGAAAUGCAUGCGAGCAGCAACAGCGCGGGCGCGACGGUCGAAGUGCAGGUCCGGGGUGCAGGCGAAUACAAGGGCAAAGUCGCAUUCGUCACACUGAUUGUGAUGCGCGUGCGAAAGGACGUGGCCAGAUACGAUCUGGCGCAGGUGGCUAGCGACGGCUCCGGUGUGGAUACCGUCAAUAAGAACACGCUGCGCACCAAUGCGUGCCUGGCGUAUGACGCGACCAUGGGGGCUGCACUCGAGGCGACGGGCUGUGGACGUCAUAAGCUGCUUGUGGAGGGGCCCUGGGAGUGGUUGUUGAGCUGUUUCGCGUCUUACUUCGGCGUGCGGUCAUUCUACUGUAUUUUGGCGCAUCUACGGUGGGUCCUCAAGCCCGGUGUGGCGACGAUCAGCACAAUGUGCCUCGACGUGAUUACAGCGGAGCUGCGGCCGCUGCUGGAGCAGUCAACUUUGCGAGGCCUCACCACCCACGAGCUGACGCUGCUGGAGGGUGUCAAAAAAGCCGUGGAGAUGCUUCUGGAGGUGGCGCUUGAGAACUACUACUCACUUGGUGAUGACCAGCCCCGGGACAUACCGACUCCGGAGGCGGCACACGCCGCUGCACCCACAUGGAAGCCGACAGUGCUCAUGGCGAGCUUCCGCUUGUUCCGAGUUAUGAAGGACGUCUUCCUCCCGACGGACCAGGACUGGCUGAACACGCGAUUCCGCUUUGCCGCGAAGAAGCGCUGGCACUUUCUGGAAUGCAACUGCGGUUACGAUCAGAUUCGGGACCUUCCACGGGCGCAGCCGCCGCACAUGCGCUCGCCGGGCGACCUCAAGCUGGGCGAGAAGGCAAACACAUACGACUCGUACUACAAAAUGGCCGAGAAGAUGGGCGUGGCAAUCCGCAAUGACCUCGACUUCGACAUGUUCCUUCAGAAUUUGCCAGACCUGCUGCCCAGCUCGUUGAAUCUGCCGCGCAUAACGGCCGAGGAGUACAUGGCGAACUUUGUGGAGAUCCUGCGGAACAUGCUCGGCAAAUGCCCACCGCUUGCACCGUCCAUAGCGGCCGUGGACCUGCUGGUUGCGACAGCCAGCUUGCAGCGCUACCUCCAGUGCACCCAGAUGUACCUGCCGCGGCAGCAUCCGGGUCAUUUAGACGCCAUGGAGCUUUGGCGGCUGCACGUAUUGUCGUGGAUCGACAGCAGCAGAAAGGCGCUGUGCACGUACUGCAGCAAGCUGGAGGCCGAGGCUAAGCUUACCGCAGCGCAUUUGGCGCGCGUGGACGUGGCCAAGAUGCCCGGCAUGAUCGAGGGUAUCGAGGGGGCUGUGGCUCCGCUGGUGCGCGAUAUGCUGGACCGCACGUGGGCGGAGCUUACACUGUAUGAGCGCGUCAUCAAGAACUGGCCGUUGUUCGGACCGCAAUUGGAAGCGGCACUGUGCGACGUGCUGCGCACCGUUCAGGGAUCGCUCAACCGGAUAUGCGCCGGUGCAAGCAACGUCACCAUGUUGCAGCAGCCGGGGGGUUCACCACACGUCAACGGUGCUCAUCGACGAGCGCCUUCUGGCCCGCACCCCACGAGCUCGCCAGGUGGCCAUGCGUACGGAACAAGACACGGCCGAGCCAUGUCCGGCAUUCCGUACGGCAACGGAAGCCCUGGCAUGGGGGGUCGGCAACACCACGGCAGCCCAGGCGCAGCCAUGGGGCCACAGCAACAGCACCACCACGGCAUCCCGUCAGCUGGCGGCAUGCCAGGGGCCCGCAACGCAGUGCUGCUGAAGGAGGCUGUAUUACUCAAUUCUUUGAAGGUGUUGAUGGUCAUGGUGCCCUCGAUAGAGGACAUCAUCUCGAAGUGGUGCGGCGGAAGCGCAGUAGCUCCUCCUGGGCCACCGCAGACCGACAACCACGGUGUCGAGUACAACGACGAGCUGGGGCCGCACAUCGGUGCACAAUUCGCUCAGGUCGUCAAGGAGCUGCGGACGGACUACGCAGAGGGUGUGGCUUCGUGUGCAACCCGCAUGGCGAACCAUAUCCGCUCAAUGCCGGCUACCAACAUCAAAGUGGCUCUGAACUUGCCGAAGCCGCCAAGCGAUGUCCACGCCGGCUACCAACAGGUUUCGACAAUGACACAACAGCGGGAGUUCGUCGAGGCCUUCAUGCGCCCCAUCUUGGCGGCCUGUGAGGAUGCCCUGCAGGCUCUUCGGAGUGCACUGGAUCCGCGCGUGUUCGUCGCGACGGGUCGUGCGCUCUGGGACUGCAUGGGCAAGGACCUCUUCGAGUUCGUGCACUGCCUCCAGGAGGGCCAUGACAAUAAGGGUGCGUGGCGGCUGCGCCAGCACGCAAACAUUGCGCUAACGCUUCUGUGCGAGUCCUUCCGCGGGCGGCUGGCGGAUUGGAUGGAGCACUGCAUUGGGGAACGCGACCUGGACCUGCCAAUCCACGUCGACAAAGCUCAAAAGCUUUUGGCUCAGAACACCGCAGUUGUGAACAUCACGCUCAAUCCAAUUUGAGCGCUGGAAGAUGUGGAAAUGAGUGUGGUAUGUGCCAAAUUGCUGCAUUACUAGCGUGUCGACAGUGGCAACAGUAGCCACUCUGGUUAUUUGCCAAGUUCGUUAUCGUGACACCGUAUGAAGAGGUGCAUGGUUGACGAAACGCCGCAUGCGAGCGACUGUCACUGAUUACACUUUUGCGUACAGAGGGGUUUGUUGUAUGUUCGUUGCAUCCCUUCCGCUUUCGGAAGCAACGUCAAGCAACCAGACAGUUGAUACAUACCGUGUACCUCUUAGGACUGGAUUUCCCACUUCUUUAUUCUUUC